AUGGAGGCAUGUUCCUCUGGAGAGGACUUGAUCGUAAAGGUAGUGUCCUGCCGGAAUUCUUAAUACCGUUUUAAGUCUAAAUAGUUCUCAGUUGAUAAUUUUAGUUAGUUUCUGUUGUUGACAUGGAUGUAGGCAAGGAAACCAUACACUAUUACAAAACAGCGGGAGAGGUGGACCGAGGAGGAGCACAACAGGUUUCUGGAAGCUUUGAAACUAUACGGAAGAGCUUGGCAGCGAAUUGAAGGUUAGUCGAUGGAAAAUAUUCUCCUCCCUUUCUCACCAAGAAAAUGAAUCUUUUGGAUUUGCAUAAAUUCAUGUGCUACAAUCUGACAAGUGAAUCUUAUUCGUUCUGAAUUGGGCACUUGUUCAGGGGUUGACAUCCACAAGGGGGUGGUGACGUUGUAGCAUUUUUUAAGCAUUAAAGAUCAUUGAUUCUUGCAUGAUAAAAUCUUUCCACCGUGAAAAUUUUUGAGUAUCUUGGGCAUUGAACAGAGCAUAUUGGCACAAAGACGGCUGUACAAAUAAGAAGUCACGCACAAAAGUUCUUCUCAAAGGUGUGAGAUUUUCGCUGUGUUGGUAAAUCAAGCUUUAUUUCUUCCUACUUUUACACACGUUAAUUAUGAAAGUAGGAGAAAAAAUUGAGUUAAACAUUAUUUUCGUUGCUAAUUAUGUUGUUGUGUACUCUUUAACGUUUACUUUCGUGAUAUCGUAUAGUUCGUUUGUGAUGCAUGCUGCCUCUAUUGGAAUUUUUACUAAAUCAAUGAGUAUUUUUUCCGAGACUGCGGAUCAUGGUCAGAAAUAUGUUUAACUUUAGAUUUAUCUUUGUUGCUGCUCUGAUUUCUUUUUACCAAGAACUGUUUAGGGUUCAUUCCAUGCCUAUAUGCAGGUCGAUGGUAACAUGGAGAGGGAACCAUCCAGACCAAAUAUUUAUUUAUGAAGAAAACAAUUCCAGCAUAGCAUGUUCUAUCGUUGUCAAGUUAGAUGUUUUUAUUUAUUCAUUAAGGAUAAUUAGCAUCCUAAUUCAAGUUCAUGUAGUUAGCUGUUAGACGGUGUCUGGGAGUAUCAAUACAUUUGCUGCUAUAUGCUUAAUUUGGGAAUCAUCAGAGUAGUUUUGUAAGAGGAACCUAGGAUAGGUAAUUGGAAUGACUCCUACGUCAUCAGUAAGUCUUAUGAUCAACCGAAGGAGAAUUUCAUAGCCCAUAGUGGUUUGAAUUCAAGAAGACCGCCUGAUUGACCGGGUUUGAUCUUAAUCCAAAUCAGGAUUGUAUUGAACCAAAUUGCCAAUACAACUGAAAUGAGAGCCUAGUAAAUUUCGUAUUACCAUUUCCAUGUUGAUUUGGCUCAGAUGACUCAACACUUGUCAACAGCUUAAAGAUCUUUCACAGCGGUUAUUUAAGAUUUUUUUAGUCAGAUAAAUCAUUAGAGUAGCUUAGACAAACCUUCCAUUUUUCCUCCGUAAUGAUCAACUUAAGGUUACGAAUCUUCAUUUAUAUACUACGUCCACUUAGGAUUUAUUUUUAGCUGUAUUCUCAGAGAUUCCAUUGUUGGAAGUCACAAGUCCAAGGAAUUUCGUCCCCGUCAAAGUUUGUCUGUGCUGAUGUUUAGGAUUCCACUUUUGAGACAGUAAACUUUUGGAGAGAAUUUUGAAUUUUUACUUUUGACAGCUUGAUAAUCCAUAGACAUAGUGAAAACAUACUUAGAAUAUAUGAAACUUGGUCUUUAAAAUCCUUCAAUGUCGUAAAAAUACUGGGCUGAUUGUAUCGAGUUCUCAAGUGAAAUAUGCAUGACAAUCAUGCAAAAUCAUACUCUAUAUUUUCAAUUAUUCUCAUUUCGAGUAGAGCUUGAAUAGGAUAAAUCUGCGAACAACCUCAAAAUUUAUGGAUGAAAAUGGAGUACCCAUAGUGACACACUCCCUGGAAACUGUUUCUAUCGAGUCUUGAAACCAUGUGUUCGACAGUAAAUGAUCGAAGAUCGUACUCUAAUGCGCACUAGAGUUGGUAUGUGCUGUUAUGAAUUAAUAAUAACCUGAGUCAAAGUCUCAACUCAUCAUGGAAAGCAUUCAAUAAAUUCUUAAUCAGAUGAAUACCAUAUCUUAUACUCAUCUGAUGCUGGUGCCACACUCUAAGGUUUCGUUAUAAUUGAAUAGUAAGCUCUGUCACAUUAUUUUAUUAAUCCCAAUAAUUCAUUCAACGAAAACACGCCACGACAGGCCAAUGGUAACGUCUAUAAAUUGUCACUUAUUAUAUUUAUAAUUUUUCAAUCACGUUUUUAGUUUUUGCCUUCUAGAAUGGUACUUGAGCAGAUAUGUGUCUGUCCCUUCGUAGAUUGUAUUCCCUCUUUUCACUUGUAUCUCCUCUCCAUAACACUCUAAAAAUUUCCCAUUUUUCUCUUGUAAUAAGGUGAUUAACGGAUAAUAAUAUUAGGCAGAGAGUAUCUCCUCUCCUCUUCCUCCUCCUCCUCUAGAUCCACCUUCCUACACCUAGAGGUGGGGUAUUGGAGGGUAUGAUCCUUUGAACUGGAUCAAAUUUGGGGAAGAGGUGUGGGAGCGGGCAGUGGGAAACAAGGCUUUUCCCAUUGCUCUCUGCCAGGGAUGAGGAUAAUCUUGCAUACCUCUCUGGCCAGCGGAUUUAGGCCAAUCCAGACUAUAACCCCGUGUAAACUCAGAACCAUCUAUGUACCCUGUGGGCGUGAGGUUAGUCCAGUCCAUUAGGCAGAUCAAUUUCUAGUUAAAAAAUUAAUAUAUGAUUGGGAAGAUGGUGAGAAAUAGAAACAGGAAGAUUGGAUAAUUCAUGAUUACCGUGGGAAAUUAUGGAACACAUUUUUAACCUGAACUGUAGGAAAUCGAGCUGUCUCUAACUUUUAGAGCUAAAUCUUCUGUAUUGCAUCAUAAAGUUGAACCAUAGGAUUGGCGCUUGGUCAUUAUGCUACUUUUCUCAACAGAUGUGGUGAUUUUGUAUCAUCAUCAUCCUAUGGUCUUCUAUGGCGGGUGUCCGUUUUGUUGAAAAUUAGGCCGUUACUGUCCCUGCUUAAAUUGCCACUUCCAAAGCAAUUCUGGAAGUCUUUUGUCAUUUUCUUCGAUAUAAAUAGAACAAAUACAGCUAAAACAGCUACAAAACAUUCAUCCAGGAUACGAUGGUGUGAGCUUCAAAGUGGAUAAAGUGGUUAAGUACGCAAACUUUCAAUCUCACGCAGGAAAAUCGUCAAAAAUUCCCCUUAGGACUUUCCAUUUGAAGGUUAUCCUUUCCCAACUCAAGUUAAAGCAACAUGAUUCUUAACUGCUUUCUCCCGGGGGGGGGGGCCAAAAACAGGUAAGAACCUCGAUCCUACCUUAUACUAGAAAUUUCAUGCUCUAUACCCAUGAAAACAAAUGAAGGAGGUCAGCCUUUCUAUCUUCAUAUCUGAUUUAAAGUGGACGAAUACUUUCAUUCUUCAUAGCAAAUCCCGCUUGAAUGGAGAAGAAAUUUAUUUCUUCAGUCCUUGGAGAAAUACUUGGGCCGUGCCAUUCGAAAGAUGACCAGAUGGGAGAAUUGCCCACUUUGUUAUUCAUACUCUUAUAUUGUGGAGGGAAAAGCAUGGAAGCAUUACAGAUCUGCAGAUAUGAGCCAGACAUAAUCACUUAUUUUUGAGCUUUUUCUUUCCUGGUAAGACGCAUUUGAAUGUGUGGGAUAUGCUUUCUUUUGAAUGUUCUUGAUUUUUUGUGCUGAAGACCACUCUUAGUUUAUUUUAUCAAGCUUGAUAUAACGAUGCGUUCGAUUUCUAAUAGAAAACUUACUUCCAGUUAGAAAAAGAAGCCGUAUCUAAAGGCAUUCCUUUGGGACAAGUUCAUGAUAUAGAGAUUCCUCCUCCACGCCCUAAACGAAAACCGACCAAUCCAUAUCCUCGAAAGAUUGGUGUUGGCACCGCGUGCCCGUCUGGGGGAGGAAAAGACGAUAUACCAUUAACAUAUAUUUCUUCUUUACAUUCCAAGGAAAAAGCAGAAGACCUGCGACGCGAUUCUCAUGACGAGGUACGAACCCCCCACCGUCUCUUCCUCCCCACCAACCCUCUUUUCCCUCUCUAACCUCUGGCUCCUGUUUAUUUCUCCUUCUUAUCAGAAACAGGCAGGAACGAAAUCAUUGAAAAGAACGAAAGAGACUUGUAGUGAUAGCAAGUCCUCAGGGGCCCUCUCCCUCUUCCACGAGGGGCCAUGUCCUUCCACCCCUUCCUCAAGCAAAUCCACCGUCGACCCCCGUACCCCCCUGCUGAAGGAACCCAAAAACAGCCCCACAGUGAAUCAGCCUCCCCCCACAGACACACAGAAGAAUCCCAGGGCUCCAGACAUGGCAGCUAUGGACGUCAGAAAGCAUGGUGAUGGACCUACUAGCGUCGGCGCUCAGGUCAAAUUAUCCCAAGAAAGAACAUCCGGGCUGGUAACCAACGAGCUUAAAGGCAAGAUGAGCUGCCCGAAGCAGAUCACGGUGUACCCUCUGGAGGGUGAUAACAGCGGAAAUCCGAGAAGGGGAGUCUCUGAAGUCUGCAACCACGCGGGAGCCCAUUCAAACCCCAGCCUGGUCGCCAUUCCCUCUCCAUCUGCCGUGACCUCUGCUCAUCAAGCUUUCCCAGCUUUCCCUCCUCCCUUCGCCCAAUUCUGCUGCACUCAAGACGUCUACAGAUCCUUCCCCAACAUCCCAUCCACAUUCUCCAGCCACCUGAUGUCAACGCUGCUUCAGAAUCCGGCGGCCCAUGCAGCGGCCAGCCUGGCGGCUUCCUUCUGGUUGACUUCCGACGUCGAAGCCUCCAGUGAUUCUGCGCCGGAGACCUUCAGCGGCAGGCAGAUGAGCUCCCCUCCUCCUAGCAUGGCGGCGAUCGCUGCCGCCACCGUCGCAGCGGCGUCCGCGUGGUGGGCCACCCACGGCCCACUGCCAUUCUGCUACCCUUCCUUCAACAGCUGCUUCGCAUUUGCUCCAGCGCCGCCCACAAGCGCCGCCCCGAGGACUGAAACUGCUCCAGGCACGCAGGACGGGGACAACAAAGAGGAGGUCUCCGAUGCCCUGGAAGCAAAGGCGUCGCCUUUAUCGUCCACAGACUCCAACCCAAGUGGGAAAGGAGGGAGCCCAGGGGAGAGGGAAGAGAAAGCCGGAGGCCCACCGCAGAACCAGCUGAACUCGGCGCCGGACUCUUCUGGGCUCGAAGAAUCCGUCGGAGGGAAGGGGAAAAACCAGGUUGAUCGCUCUUCUUGCGGCUCCAACACCCCCGGCAGCGAAGUGGAAACAGAUACUGUGCAGGCCAGCCUGGACAAGGGAGAGGAAGAGCCCAAAGAGGAUGAUCUCUCCGUUCAUCCCCAGGCCGUUGACCCGAAUGGCCGCAGGGCGAGGAGCAGCGUCGGCAACGUGGCCUCCGACCCAUGGAAAGAAGUCUCCAAGGAGGUGUGCCCAUCUAGGAGUUUCUUCGAAAAUAGAUACCACACAGAGCUUCAGAGCUUCUUCUGCUGCUUCUUCUUCCUCCUUUUCUCUGAUAGUUCCUUCCUUCCAGGGCCGGCUCGCCUUUCAAGCGCUCUUCUCCAGAGAAGUGCUCCCGCAGAGCUUCUCGCCCCCGCAGGGCGAGGACGGCAAGGAGGAGAACGUCGCAGCGCCAGGAGCAGCAGCUGCCUCACUGCCGCCCCCCGAAGUCAACCACCAUGACCACGCCCGCGUUUUCCAUGCAGUUGACAAGAACUCUUCCACCCGUGAGGAGGACAAGGAGCGCAGCGCAGACAGAGGAGGCCCUCCCCCCAGCGAGGUGGGUCAAUGGCGGCUGAAGUCGCACUGCACGGGGUUUAAGCCUUACAAGAGGUGCUCGAUGGAGGCCAAGGAGACCAAGACCGCGCCCGACGAGGACAAAUGUAACAAGAGAAUACGUUUGGAGGGUGAGGCCUCGAUGUGA